UCAAAGACGCUAGCUAGACUGUUCAGGGGUUUGACUCUGCACCACUUCUGCUCCUCAUCUCGUAUGUAACAUAUCAUUCUGGAACUCUCAGCCGUGCUCAUUUACAACUAAGGAUAGUACCACGAGCAACCUGUCCUUCUAUCUUGUGUGUCUCAGUUUAGUGUGCAGAGAAACUCUCCCAAACAGCCACCAUGGAGGCCAUCAAGAAGAAGAUGCAGAUGCUCAAGCUGGACAAGGAGAAUGCCAUCGACCGGGCAGAACAGGCAGAGACGGAGCAGAAAGCAGCUGAGGAAAAAUGUAAACAGCUGGAAGAUGAGCUGGUCGGCCUGCAGAAAAAGCUCAAAGGGACUGAGGAUGAACUGGACAAAUACUCAGAAGCCCUGAAGGACGCCCAGGAGAAACUGGAACUAUCAGAGGCAAAAGCCACAGACGCUGAGGGAGAUGUAGCUGCCCUGAACCGCAGAAUCCAGCUGGUGGAGGAGGAGCUGGACCGAGCCCAGGAGCGGCUAGGCACAGCACUGCAGAAGCUGGAGGAGGCAGAGAAAGCUGCAGAUGAGAGCGAAAGAGGUAUGAAGGUGAUUGAGAACCGGGCCAUGAAGGAUGAGGAGAAGAUGGAGAUCCAGGAGAUGCAGCUGAAGGAGGCCAAACACAUCGCAGAAGAGGCUGACCGCAAAUAUGAGGAGGUGGCCCGUAAACUGGUGAUUCUGGAAGGAGAACUAGAGCGAGCGGAGGAGAGAGCUGAGGUCUCAGAAAUUAAAGCCAGUGAUCUAGAGGAAGAGUUAAAAAAUGUAACCAACAAUCUGAAAUCACUGGAGGCUUCAUCUGAGAAGUACUCUGAAAAAGAGGACAAGUAUGAGGAAGAGAUCAAGGUCCUUAGUGAUAAACUGAAAGAGGCUGAGACUCGUGCAGAAUUUGCUGAGAGGACAGUGGCUAAAUUGGAAAAAUCUAUUGAUGACCUGGAAGAAAAAGUAGCAAGUGCAAAAGAGGAGAACCUGGGAAUGCAUCAGGUCCUGGAUCAAACACUGCAAGAACUCAACAGUUUAUAAGUCUGGUGAGGAGGACUGAAAGAAGAAGAGGAGAGGGAGAGGAGGAGAACAGACAUCGCUCCACAUUCCAUUAAUUUCACACCUCACUUCCUGUUUACGGCAGUAAAGUCUCAUACCUUAUGAUAGGAGAUUAACUUACAUUUUUGUUAACAGUCUGUUGUUUCUGGAAAUGUCUUGAUAUGUCCACCAACAAAAUACAUUCCAUAAUUGCAAUGUAACAAUGUUUACAGAAUUGUGGUUUAUUUUAUUUUGUUUUUAUUUUAUAGCCCAAUGCUCACCAAGAAUUCACCUCAGUAUGGUUUAAUUGAAAUUGUGAUCUGAGUAUGAAAUGAUCCCUCUAUGUACAACAUACUGAAUUAUUUAUGGAGACCUAAUUUGAGAAUGUAUUUCAGCUUCAGUUGGAUUCUUCAAAAUACAGCUCAAUUAUGCCACCUAUUGGGAAUAUUUGUUGUUAAAAUUACAAAAGGCUCCAAAGGAAGGACAUUGCACAGACAAUGAUAUGAUCUAUGUAAAACUGGUAUAUUGGAUGCCUUGUAGAGCGAGUUUGAAUACAUUUUGCAUGCUUUCUGAAUGAAUGAUAUUCAGUCUUCACCUCUAGGCCUACAGGGCCAUAUGAAACUUGUUAGAUAAGCGUCUAUUUACUCUACACUCAAAGAGAGUAAUUAUUUUCAGAGGACCAUGUGAAUGUAGAAUUAUGCGUCAAGCAUUUCCUCUUCAUUGCAAAGCUGAUGUUGCAUGUUCCUCCAAGGCGAAUACAUCAAUGGGAAGGCCAUAAUUAUUCAAAUGUUCUGUGUGGGCCCAUGGUUACUAAACUAAAGAAUAAACACAACCAGUGAAACAUGA